UCAGCAGAUCAGUUAACUAAGUUAAAACUGCUAUAAAAUUACCUCCUCGUUGAUUCGGCGCGUCUGAGUCGCAAUGGGUCGUCCAAUCCUGUCUGGCGUGCUGACAGAAACCCCAACAUUUUGGGGGUAUAAGAAAGAUAUCGGUAAUUUAUAGAUGUGGGUGGAAAGAAAGCUAACUAGUUAGCUAACAGGAGCUGGCUAGAAUAACCAAACUGCACAACAAACGCUUCCUAUGUCUAAGGAAUCGCUUUGAUCUGGGUUCCAAAACACUACGGUUUCUGAUAUCCAUAAAUAAAUAAAAUAAAAUAAAAACUAUUUGGGCAACACUUUAAUUAUUCUAAUCAAGAAUAACAUUUUCAUCCAGAAGGCGCCGACAUCUUGUUCUGAAACGUAACCUUUGAACAACGAAGCAGCCCAUUGGUUGUCGUAAACACAUGGACCAAUGAUUAAACAGCUUGUAACGCACUAGCAUUUGGCUGCCUCUGACAGCUAAGGUUAAAUGCCCGUUUAAUGAAACUGUAUUCAAGGAAAACUCAAUUAGUUCACUGUUUCAGCAAUGAGCAGGAUAGCCGCCUUAUUCCGAAGCUUCAGAAUAGUCAAAGAACAUGUUGGUACGGACCAUUUCGGGAAUAAGUACUUCUUUAUACCAGAGCAGAAGACAUGGACGGGGCGGAGUGUGCGGCAGAGGAGAAUGAUAGAGGCUGCCAAUCCGAAGGAGUUUGAGUACCUGGAGGGGAACAUCCCCUCUUGGAUUCGCGGCAGAAGGAAGACGCCCCCUACAGUCGAGGAGCUGCUGCAGAAUGAGCGGUACAGGGCGGAGGUGAAGCUGCGGGUUGAGGAGGCAGAGCAGAGAGACCUGGCCCUGCAGAGGCAGGAGUACGAGGACGGGCUGGUGGCGCGCCCCGCCCAAACCCUCAUCAAAGGCCACGCCUCUGCCACUCACUACGGCCAGGUCCAGGAGGGGGAGGAGCCUGUCAGCACCGCCAACACAUUCCAGCCAGGGGCCUGGACCCCGGGAGGGAACACCCCCAAAAAAUAGACCCCGCCCACCCCAGACUGGACACAUGCAAAAUUGAAAUGCUUUAAAAUUUUGAGUUUUUUCGAGUGGGCUCAUUCCAUUCGCUUAUUCUUUUCCUCUUUUUCUUUUACUUGCUCCUGACCCGGAAAUCGACCGAGGUCCGCCAUCUUUAAGGACAUUCCAGCCUGUUAAAUGUUCCCUCUGAGCUAGAAGCAGAAGUUAGGAACUCCCUAUAUUUCCUUACAGCAGGAGAACAUCAGCGCAUCCUUUGCGGAAGUAUUUUUUCGGAACGCGUGACGAUUGGCCUGUGGCUCCACCUCUGCCUCUCUGCCACGUGCGUAACUGACAUGGCUUCCAACUGUGUUUGAAGGAGCAAGGACAUUCAGUUCGCCUCAUUCACGUUUUUUCUCGAUUACUGUCUUCAUUUCUUUUUUUACCCUCUCCCGAUGGGUGGAGCUAGGAGUAGAUAAAAGUACAAGAACAAAAAUAAGCGAUUGGAAUGAGCCCAGUGAUUCCGCUGUUCGCAAUGGGCGGCCAUUUUGUCUGCGACGCUUAUUUGACCUUUUUGUCAAGUCAUGGAACUGUGAGGGUGCAGGCCCGUACAUGACCUGAGCUCCAGUCGGCCGUGUUUGUGUACAUUCUUAUUUGUGUGCGAGAAUGUAGACGGGCCUGAAUGCCCUCUAUUUAAGUCAAUAAAAAUAUGAAAUGUGA